AUGAGAAUAUCAUGUCUAAACUCUGGUAGAGUAAAUGAAGUUCCAAGUGGAAGUUGCCCUUGCUUGCAUCAUAAGCUUGAUCUGGAUUCAGCAAAGCCUUUGUGGCUUCUGGAAUCUUUAUUUGGCUUAUUUCCUUGCCUUGGAAACUAUGAGGUUUCCAGUACUUCUAAUGCAACAGACUGGACAUGCAGAUGCUCUUUGUCAUAUCAAGGAAACCAGAGCUACACUCUAGAACCUUACUGUUCAGCAUCCUGUAAUUGCAGUCAGGAUGCUGGAAGUAGUACUAGAUGGACGUGUAUAUGUGCUGCUGAUCAGCUUCCUAAAGUGGCUGCUGACAGUCAUGAUACUAACUGUUUUACAGCCUGCAAUUGCACUUAUGGAUCUCUCAAUGCAGCAAAAUCUUCAAAAAACCACAUUCCAAGCAAAGUUGUUGUGAUUAUUCUUUUGGUAUGUGUCAUACUGACAACUCUUGCUUUUCUUGCCUCGGUGGCAUGCUACUUCUGUCGAAGGAACAAGUGCCCUAUUCAACCACCAUUAUUUUCAUCAGACAAGGAAACAAGUUGCAACAGUGCUACCAACUUAAUUAGCCAUAAGAGUUCCUCGGUGUUUGAGACCAGAAUUAAUAUGGAUUCGCCCAUCAAUAAAGGGUGCUUUACCUCUUGCUUAUUUAAGAGCAAAAUACGAGCUACACCUGGAGCAAUUAUUCAAUUUUCGUACUUUGAACUGGAAAGUGCUACCGAUAAGUUUUCAAAUUCCAAUCUAAUAGGACUUGGUGGAAGUAGCUAUGUCUAUCGUGGUCAGCUCAAAGGUGGCAGAAUCGUGGCAGUUAAGCGUCUAAAAGCUCAGCAAGGGCCUGAUUCGGACUCUGUCUUUAUAACAGAGGUAAUAUCUCAUCCUGCAAUUGAAAUGUUAUCCAGACUUCAUCAUUAUCAUGUGGUGCCUUUGCUUGGCUACUGCUUUGAAACCCAUGGAAAAAAUGCUGAGAGACUAUUGGUAUUUGAAUACAUGAAUAAUGGUAACCUGAGAGAUUGUUUGGAUGGAGAUGUAGGAAAAAACAUGGAUUGGGGUACUCGGGUUGCAAUUGCCAUUGGAGCUGCAAGGGGUUUGGAAUAUCUCCAUGAAGCAGCUGCUCCAAGAAUUCUACAUAGAGAUGUCAAAUCCACAAACAUUCUUCUGGAUGAAAAUUGGCAAGCAAAAAUAACUGAUCUUGGUAUGGCAAAACGCUUGAAAGCCGAUGGUCUCCCUAGCGCUUCUAGUUCUCCAGCAAGAAUGCAGGGGACUUUUGGUUAUUUUGCACCAGAGUAUGCGAUUGUUGGAAGAGCUUCUCUUAAGUCAGAUGUUUUCAGUUUUGGUGUAGUUCUUCUUGAGCUUAUCACUGGUCGGAAGCCCAUUCACAAAUCAAGCAGCAAGGGAGAAGAAAGCCUUGUCAUAUGGGCUACACCUCGUUUACUGGAUAGUAGGCGAGUAAUCACAGAGUUGGCCGAUCCAGAUCUGGCUGGAAACUUCCCAGAAGAAGAGAUGCAGAUAAUGGCUUUCUUAGCAAAAGAAUGCCUACUGUUGGAUCCUGAUGCUAGACCAAACAUGAGUGAGGUCGUCCAAAUCCUGUCAACUAUCGUCCCAGAGAGAUCUAAAAGGAGAAACUUUCCUGUGAAUCUUUUUCAGCACAUGGGCACGGAUGGUCAUAAAGAUGCUGAGGAACUAAGGCGAGCCAGAUCCAGUAAAGGUUCAGUUCGGUGUUCACUGCCACUAGAUAUUGACCGUAAUCUUUGCGCCGAAAGACGUACAGACACUGUUUCAGAUAACUAUAUGGAGAGAUUGAUCCUCUUGACUUCAAACGCUAGGAGUUGGCGGGCCUCUGAUGAUGAGACAGUGGACUUAACGGAACCCAGACUUGUCCCCUCACCUGCCAAUCACCUGCCAGAGAUGGAUCCGCCACCACCGCCUAACGCGCCGCUGCUUCCCCCAGCCCCGGCCCCGGCUCCUCCUCCCUAUGAUCAAGGAGGAUGCUUAGAAUUAUUUUUGUGGAUGCUGUGCUGCUGCGGUCUAUGUAGAUGCUGCUGCCCUCCACUCUUUGAGCCUGGUCCUCCUCCACCCUAG